UCACUUAUGUAGUAUAAAACAUGCUGAGUGCUUUCUCAACAUUUGUUACGCUUAUCGGUCUCUACGCGCUCAUUUGCUUUCUAUAUGAACAAUUGCGAACACCUUUACGACUGCUGAAAGUACGACUGUUUGAUGAUCCAUGUAACAGUUUGAGUCUAAAGGACCGCUUUGGCGAUUGGGCUGCAGUUACUGGCAGCAGCGAUGGCAUUGGCAAGGAAUAUGCCAAGGAAUUGGCGCGACAUGGAAUCAAUGUAGUUCUGAUCGCCAGGAACGAAGAUAAACUCAAGACUGUUGCUAAGGAGAUUUCCGUAGAAUCGAAGGUGGAGACAAAAAUUAUUGAGGCGGACUUUACAAAGGGUGCAUCGGUAUACGAACACAUCGAACGCGAGCUGACUGAUGUUCCCGUAUCCAUACUUGUUAAUAACGUAGGCAUGGGUUUUCUCGGAGGAUUACUUAAGUGCACCAAGGAGCAGACGCAACAAAUCAUUGAUACAAAUGUGGUGGCUGUGUCAGAACUCUCUCGGUACUUUUUUUAUCGCAUGCGUGCCGACAAGAUCAAAGGUGCCAUUGUCAAUGUUAGCUCUGGAACAGAGCUUCAACCCUUGCCGUACGGUGCUCUCUAUGCCGCCUCCAAAGCCUACAAUCGCAGUUUUACCAUCGCGUUGAGAUGCGAGGCAGCUCCAUUUGGUAUUCAUGUCCAGCUGUUGUCACCCAACUUUGUGGUGACCAAGAUCAACAACUAUUCGAAGCGCAUUAUGCAAGGCGGACUUUUCAUACCCUCGGCAGAGACUUAUGCCCGCAGUGCAGUUGCCCAGUUGAGAGAUGGCGUGGAUGAAACUCCUGGCUACAUUUGGCAUCACGUUCAAAAUGCUGUUACACUGAUUUUCCCUUGGAGGGUGCGUCGGAUUGUUACACAACUAUUCUUCAGGAAAAUAUCCAAUAAUCCAAUUUGAACAAACGUGUAGCAUACUU